AUGUCGAAUCAAAUUACAUCCCCCGUCGUCGACGGCAAGACGCGUCUCCAACACUCCCUUGAGCGAGCCAGAGAUGGCCACGGCCCCAGUCUCGGGCAGUGGCUCGCCUUGCCAGGUUAUACACUUGCAAGAACUAUUGCACCUCUAGGGCAAGACUGGGUGCUCAUUGACUGUGAACAUGGGAAUAUUGAUGAUCACAACAUGUACCUCCAGAUCGGUGCCGUCUCAUCAAGUGGAGUGUCGCCAGUUGUGAGGAUCCCCGCCGAUGCGCCUUGGAUGGUCAAGCGUGCCCUCGACGCCGGAGCCCACGCCAUCAUGGUGCCAAUGUGCGAGACCAAGGAGCAGGCCGAACAACUUGUUCGAGCGGCCAAGUACCCAUCAAAAGCCCAUCCUGAAGGGAUACGGGGCACCGGCGCCAUGUUUGCCCCGGCGGCAUUCAACCUCACUGGGCGAGACUAUCUUCUCAAGGCAAACGAAAAGGUCAUGGUUUUUGUGCAGAUUGAGUCUCGCAGGGGUGUGGAAAAUGUCGAGGAGAUUGCCAAAGUGGACGGGAUCGACAUGCUCUUCAUUGGACCGAAUGAUCUUGCAUCCUCUUUAGGGUACGUGGCUUUUGACCACGCUUCAAUCCCUGAGGUCCAGCAAGCCUCUCAGAGGAUUCUCGACGCAGCGCUAGCAGCCGGAAACUCAGCCGCUCAAAAGUAUAAGCAAGGCUUUCACUUUGUCAAUUGCGGUGCCGAUAUCGUCGCCCUAACGACAUCCAUGUCCAACGAGAUACAACGAGUGAGGGAACUGACCCAGGAACCAGCCAUGAACGGGGUAAAAAAUGCCGAUAAGGACGGAAGCAUAGUGGAACAUAAAGAGAUAUUAGUUGAUGCUAAAGACAUAAAGAUCUACUAG